AUGGAUAUAAGAAUAGAACGGAUAUCCCAAAUCAUCGCUAUGGUAUUGUUUUGCAAUCUUUGUUUCAUUAACAAUGUGAAUAACGAGAAUGUGGACGGAGUAUUUUCAAGUGUUAAGAUUUUAAAUGAUAUAGUAGAUAGCAAAGUCACAUCAAAUUUUAAUAAUAUGAAUAAAAUAGAUGUAUAUAAAAGAUCUGUAAAUAAUUCAAGUGAUACACCACUUGAUUUUGAUGAUACUGAAGUAUUGUAUACAAAUAAUAGCAAUAAAGUACCUGCAAAUGAUGAAAGUAUAGUGAAUCAUACUGAUAUAAGAUAUGGAAGAAUUGUAGAUAGAGAAGAAGAUAUUUCAACUGAAUAUGAUGGGUUUAACUAUACAGAAGAACCUUGUGUUGGAGAUCCAGAUUUUUGUAAUAUGACGAAAGAAGAAUACAUAGAUAUGUUAAAUGAAUACAUAUUUCCACAUCCAUAUGAGUGGGUCCUAAUUGCAACCCACGCGAUCGUAUUUGUGAUUGGACUUAUAGGAAAUGCUUUAGUGUGCAUAGCGGUGUAUAGAAAUCAUUCUAUGAGGACGGUGACGAACUAUUUCAUAGUAAAUUUGGCAGUAGCUGAUUUUAUGGUGAUUUUGAUAUGUUUGCCGCCGACAGUGCUAUGGGAUGUCACGGAGACAUGGUUCUUUGGAACGGCGAUGUGCAGGAUCGUGCUGUACUUUCAGUCUGUGUCAGUGACUGUGUCGGUGCUGACGCUGACCUUCAUCUCGGUGGACCGCUGGUACGCCAUCUGCUUCCCGCUCAAGUUCAAGUCCACAACCGGACGAGCCAAGACCGCCAUACUUAUCAUAUGGUUGCUGUCUCUACUUUUCAAUAUACCAGAAUUCGUGAUGUUGCAAGUACAAAGAAAGAUGAAACUCCGCUUCAAUGUGCAGUACUUCAUGCAGUGUACGUCGACAUGGUCGGACGAUAGUGAUCUCAAUUGGCACAUCAUAAAGGCGCUUUUCCUUUACACGUUUCCGCUGCUGCUCAUGAUGAUUGCAUACUGCCAAAUCGUGAGGGUGCUGUGGAGAUCAGACAACAUACCCGGCCACGCGGAAUCACAUAAACUCUGCACCACUCCUACUACGGGACAGAACAACUGGCUAGCAGCUAAUAGAAGAACGACACCGUCAAUCCACGCAAACGCAUCUACAGAGGGACAACUUCGUUCUAGAAGGAAAGCGGCCAAGAUGCUGGUAGCUGUCGUGGUAAUGUUCGCUGUCUGCUACUUCCCCGUUCAUCUUCUGUCUGUACUCAGGUUGGCCUACGACGUGCAACAAACUGAUGUGAUGACAUGCAUCGCGCUCAUAUCACAUGUGAUGUGUUAUGCCAACUCUGCUGUGAAUCCACUUAUCUACAACUUUAUGAGUGGCAAAUUCCGAAGAGAAUUCCACAGAUCCUACUUCAAAUGCUUCUGCUGCUGUUUUUCACAACCACCAGCGGAGCAGAACGGUACAUCCUUCGCCCCAAUCGGCAGUUCCCGAGCUGGUACCACCAGAACUAUUGUACGACGAAAUGACUCUUGCGUGAGCUACAGAUUGACUCAUCUCUCCCCAUCAAAUCACAAUAUGCAUCGAGAUUGUGUGAGAAACACCAAUACUUCUUUUAUUGAACAAAUAAAUGGGAACCGCAGACCAAAAAUUAGGGACGAUUCACUAAGCGAAUCUGCUACGAGAUUCACUCUAACCACGGAUGGUAGAGAUUGA